AAUUGUUUCUCAAUUGAUUUUUUUUUUUGGGAUUCGUACGGACAUUUUGUUUCUUAUUCGUUAAGCAGGCUUUGCCUUUUUUGAAAGCAAAAAAGGUUAUGGUUGAUUGGGACGAGAGUGGAACUGGGUUUUUGGGAUUUGAUCAUUCAGAGAAGGAGAAAAGAUGAGGAGGGUGAAUGUGAGGAGAGUAACAGGCACUGGAGGAAACUUGACAGAUGUGGUGUUCUCUUGGUCUCUGGAUAAUGUCCUCGAUGAAAACUUUUACAAGAGACAGGUGGGAAAGAUACCAAUGGAAUUCUUGUCGAAGCCUGUUUACAUGACAUCGUUCAUUCCCGCACUUCUUGAGGAAAUACGUGCUGAUUUGUUGUCAAGCAUGAAAACAGUAUUUGAGGACCCUGCAAGUGAUCCACCUGUGCGUGAAGUACAGUUUGUUGAAGAAUCUACACGAUAUGAUCCUCCAAAAAACUUGUUGUAUAAUAUUUCACUGAAAGGUGAGAGAGUUGCAGAAAAUGAUGCUGUAACAUAUAAGCCUGAGAACGGAGACAUUAUCGCACUGACAGAUACGAGACCAAAUAGUAUUGAUGAUUCAAAGAGGUCUGAAAGAUCUUAUCUUAUUGCUUUCAUUCAAGGAUCAAGAAAAGACUCAGAUGAAUUUCAAAUUGUGUCAUCGAAGCCCAUUGAAUUUGAACAAAACAUGCAGGAGGAUGGGAAGAGAAAUACCCUUUAUGCUGUUUUUCUAAUAAAUUUGACAACAAAUAUUUGCAUAUGGAAUUCAUUGACCCAGGGCCUUCAAGGGGGCAGCAUGGCAAUCAUUGAAAAAGUGCUGCGACCUAAUUCCUAUGCUGGGGGUAGAUGUAAAAUCUGCUCCUCUGGUUCUGUAUCAGAUUCAGUGGCCAGAAUUAAUUCUUUUAAGCUAAACAGGUCCCAAAAAGCAGCUGUUUUAAGCUGUCUUGCUACAGCAAACUGUCAUCAUCAGAACAGUGUGGAACUAAUAAAAGGCCCUCCUGGGACAGGGAAAACAAAUACGGUUGGUUCAUUAUUGUGUGCACUCUUAGGGAUGAAAUGCAGAACGCUUGCUUGUGCCCCAACUAAUAUUGCUGUAUUAGAAGUUGCAGCACGGGUUUUGAGCUUGGUUGAAGAGUCACUUGAAUAUGAUGCUUAUGGACUGGGAGAUAUUGUUCUUUUCGGGAGUAGUGAGGGUAUGAAUAUUGAUGAUGAUAGCGAUCUUCAUGAUGUCUUUCUUGACACCCGUGCUAGGAUUCUAGUACGGUGUUUUGCUCGACAUUCUGGGUGGAAACACUGUUUAGAGUCUAUGAUAAAUUUGCUUGAAGGAACUAAGGAAGACUGUAUUUUGUACAUGGAGGACAGAACAAAUAAAGACAAUAACAGACAUAAGGAGAAGAAGCAUGAGAAGGGAAUUCUUGAAGAUGAGAAACUAGAAAUCUGUAAGGAAAGAGAGGAGGUUCAAUACUUCGAAGAUCCGAAGAGCAAGAAAAUUUGGAAGAUGGUUGGUGGUCAAACCUCAAAAGGAAAGAAAAACAAGGAGAGACAGCCCAAGGUACCUUCUCCAGAAACCAACAAAUUACUGUAUGGGGCGAAAGAGGACAAGGGUGAACUUACUCAAAACAAAAAUAACAGAGUGGCUACUGGUGGACACCAUGAUUUUCUAAUGUCUGAGAAGUUUGUUGAAAGGUUUGAUUUCGUAGGAGAGCAGCUGAAGCUUUUCACUGAAGCUCUGUAUACCCAUUUACCAACUUCCUUCAUUUCAUUGGAAGUGGUAAAAGACAUGGUUAGAGCUCUUGAUUUGCUGGAACACCUGAAGGAAGUCCUCCAUGAAUGUGAAGAUGUGGGAAAAUGUGCUGAUCUCCUUCCUGAAUUAUAUAGCACCAGAGAAGAGUGCCUUCAAAGUCUCAAAUGCCUUUGUAAAAAAAUCACUCUUCCAAAUUUUUAUACAGAUGAUAAAAUCAAAAAGUUUUGUUUGGAAAAGGCUUGUUUGCUUUUCUGCACUGCUUCAAGCUCAGUUAAAUUGAAGAUGAAGGGAAUGACACCAGUUGAAUUGUUGGUUAUAGAUGAAGCCGCUCAGCUAAAGGAAUGUGAAUCAACCAUUCCUUUACAAAUUUCUGGUCUGCGCCAUGCUAUUCUAGUGGGGGAUGAGAUGCAACUACCAGCAUUAGUCAAGAGCAAGAUUUCAGAGAAGGCGGGAUUUGGAAGAAGUUUGUUCGAGAGGCUGGUAUUGUUAAAACAUGAGUACCACCUUCUCAAUAUCCAGUAUCGGAUGCAUCCGUCAAUAAGUUUUUUUCCAAAUAAGGAGUUCUACGAGAAUCAGAUUUCUGAUGCUCCAAAUGUUAAAGAUAGAAGCUACGAGAAGCAGUUUCUUCAAGGAAGCAUGUAUGGGCCAUACUCUUUUGUGAAUGUAGCAUAUGGAAAAGAGGAAUUUGAAAACCAUAGCUCAAGAAACAUGGUGGAGGUUGCUGUUGUAUCUGAGGUAGUUACAAGUCUUUUUAAAGAAUCUGUCUCCAAGAAACAGAAGGUUAGUGUUGGUGUGAUAUCACCCUACAAAGCUCAAGUUAUAGCAAUUCAGGAAAAACUUGGAAAGAUAUACAAUACAGAUGAAGAAAGUGACUUCUCUGUCAAAGUUUGCACGGUUGAUGGGUUUCAAGGCGGUGAAGAGGAUGUUAUUAUUAUCUCAACUGUCAGAGGUAAUGAGAAGGGCUUAGUGGGUUUCCUUUCCAAACGUCAAAGAGCAAAUGUGUCUCUUACACGAGCAAGGCAUUGCCUCUGGAUAUUCGGGGAAAGUAAAACUCUAGUAGAAAGUGGCACUGUUUGGAAGAGAGUUGUGGAGGAUGCCAAAGAGCGAGGGUGUUUCUAUAAUGCUAGUGCGGAAAAGAACCUGGCUCAGGCUAUGGCUAUAUCCCUGGUUGAGCAAGGCCAACUUGAUGAUUUACAUGAUAUAGCUUCUCUACUAUUCGGGAAGGCAAGAUGGAAAGUUUUCUUCAGUGACGAGUUCUGGGAAUCCAUGGUCAGCAUCUUCAACACCGAGGUUCACAAGGAAGUGGUUUCUCUGUUAGAGAAGCUCUCAAGGGGUUGGCGUCUCAAAGACAGAAACUUCUAUACCAUACAUGGGAAUCUUUUGGUCCAGUACAAUGUAAUCGGGCAGUUCAAUCUACUGUGGUCUGUAGACAUCCUUGAGGAUGACUCAUAUUGCAUCCAGAUUCUGAAGGUUUGUGAUAUCGUGUCAUUUCGUGAAACAUCAAGAGCAGUGAAGCAGCUUUGUUUCUUAUUUGAAAAUUACACAGACGACCGCAUCCAACGCUGCAAAUUCAAACGUUUAGAAGGGAAGCUUGAAGUUCCUAUGAUAUGGCCAAUCAAUCACGAUGGUUGCUCUGUAGAGGUGUCAAAUUCAUUUGCAUCACUAAGCCUAGAUGAUCAAUUGGAAGAAUAUGCUUACAACUGAAAGAUUUAAGAGGAUGGAGUUGGGAAGACAGCUUUUGGCUAUGGCAUACUGAAACAAAUUUCCUAUACACUAGAGGUGGCUUGACUUGGAUUUGGAGGAUCUUCAUAGUCUUUUUCUUUACUUUUUUUUUUCUUUUUUUUAACAUAUGGUUAUUACUUCUAGGGUUUGUUUGUAUUGUCACUUAAGAUGUGAGAACUGCCUUUGGUAUUGUAAAUAUGAGUGGGUUUUAGCUUGGAAAUUAUUCUAUGCCCUGUUUGGAUUUUCUCACCUUAUUACACUUUUAUCACCUACAGAAGUUUUCUGCA